UACUGUUGUCUUUAGGUUAGCUAUGCUACAAUCUUUACUGUACCCAGCGCUAGCUAUAUGCGCCCCGCACCGCACCACUCUGGAUAUCUGGGAAUAAUCAACUUCCAGCCUGUCGCACCCUGCAACCGGAGACCGCACACAGAUCCCGCGGGAGGUUACCCAGAGCACCGCUGGACUGAGGUUCGUCCAGAGAAGGAGGGAGGUCGAGGAGGACGGACAGCCUUUAGGAGGAGGAGGAGGAGCCUCAAGAAGACUCCACCCCCUGUGCAGUGAAGCCCCUCCCCUCAGAGGAAGUAAACCUGAGCGCCGCUGCUGUCUGUGAUGCCCUCCCAUGACGCCCACGUCGGCAGCUGACACUGCCAGUGAGCGGGAGACGCCACUGCACAACCGGUCCUGGGCCGGCGCCGUCAGCCGGUUCUCGCCCUCCCUGUCGCACCCUGGAGACUCCUCCACCUCCACCUGCCUACCAGUAUCCACAACCAUCAGCUCCGAUCCACCCCAGUAAGGUCCCCGUGAAAACCGACACGCUGACGUCCUCAGCCAGCACCACCAGCAGCAGCAGCAACAGCCAAAAACCACAAUAUUGUCAAUCAGCAACACCAGCACCACCACAAUCAUCACCACCACCAGCAGCAACCAUCAUGUCCAGUCGUAGAAAGUCCUCCAACCCCUGCAUGGUCCGGGUCAUCAGUGACCUGCCUGAAGAGCAAGAUGACCCGGAGGAGGUGAUGGACAUGGAAGUAUUUGCGAGCAACAACAUGGCAGAAAAAGAACAAUCAGAACCAUCUGAACCUGCAGAAAAGAGUCGAGACCCCCAGCAGGAGAAUCUUGAGAAUCCAGGCCAGCAGGUGUUUCCAAAACAGGUGGAAAACCAAAAUCCUGAGCCGUCAGAACAAGAGGAGCAGUCUGGGAAAGAAGAUCAACCCCCUGUCAUUGAAGAUGAAGAAGCAACAGGGGAGAAGGACAAGGACGAAGCAGAAUCUGACCCAGCCUCCCAGAAGAAGCAGCCUAAAGGGUAUGAGUGCAAAUACUGCCCAUUUUCGACGCAGAACCUGAAUGACUUUAAAGAGCAUGUGGACUCAAGCCACCCCAACGUCAUUCUCAAUCCUCUGUACCUCUGUGCUGUGUGCAAUUUCAACACCAAGAAGUUUGACUCGCUCACAGAGCACAACGAGAGCCAGCACCCAGGUGAGACAAACUUCAAGUUCAAGAGGAUAAAAACAAACAAUCAGACUAUCUUAGAGCAGACAAUCGAAGGCAAGGACAAUGAAUGCGAAGUGACAAAUGAGCAGGGUGAAAGGAACAGCAGCUCUGUGUUUCCACCCUGCAUUUCUACCACGGUGAAAACCCCGGGGAACAUUCAGAUGCUCUUUGGAGGGAGUGAACUGAAGAGCCAGCUGGAAGGCUUGAUCCAGAAGGAUCAGAUCACAGCGGUGAACAUCAAUGGAACCGUCAUUAUCCCUGAACCCACCAUGCUCCAAGGGCUCUCCCAUGUCACUCCGAUGCUCCAGCGCCCACCCAACUUUAACUCUGUACCAAAAAUAGCCGUUCCCUUGAACACCACCAAAUAUAACCCUUCUUUGGACAACAACCUGACGUUGAUCACCUCCUUUAAUAAGUUCCCUUACCCGACACAUGCUGAGCUGUCAUGGCUUACGGCCGCUUCCAAGCACCCAGAGGAACAGAUCAAAGUCUGGUUCACCACCCAGCGGUUAAAGCAAGGCAUCACCUGGUCGCCAGAGGAGGUGGAGGAAGCCAGGAAGAAAAUGUUCAAUGGCUCCAUCCCUCCUGCCCAUCACACAUUCACCGUCCUGCCGACAAGCCCCAUCUCUCAACCGUCUGCCAAAGCCUCCCAGCAGCCUGUCGUCCACACAACAGUCGAGCAUCUAGGCCAUGUCCGGACAACUGCGUCCAACGGGCUGGGUGUCACCAACCACAGCUCCCCUGGCUCCAGCCAAACCCUUAAGCGAUCCCUUCCAACACACCUAACGACGGUGUUUGGCCCAGAGUCAAAGCGACCCAUCAUGGCAGUCGCCCCCCACUCCGGCGACCCUAAAGACAAGGUCCUGAUGGCUCCGCCUCCACCACCUCCUCCCCACAAAGACCGCCUCCCAAUGGCUCCACCUCCUGUUCCCAUGGAGAUGAAGAGACCUGUAGCACUUCCUCUGGUCACCACAGAGAUGAAGAGGCCAUCCGCUGCCGUGCCUUUAAUGCCACCACCAUCGUCAUCGUUAUCACCAUCUUUGUCAUCCAAAGGGAAGAUUCUCUCUACAUUAGGAAACCCCAAAACGAAGCCGGUGGUGUCUCUGCCCUCCAUAGUCUUUCCAGAGUCCUUAACGAGGCCAAUGAUAGCGCCCCCGCCUAUCUUUGCCCCUCCAUUCAAAAACCAUUUACUUUUUCCUCGAACUGGAGUCCUCACUUCCAAAGAAAAGCACCCCAACACUCACACUUCGCCAGCUGCUGAUCCUAAUUUGCCGAACUCCCCUCCACUUGUUACCUCCCAGGUAAGGAGGCCACCCAUCAUCCAGUCUAUUCGUGCUCCUGCUAAAGCCCCAGCCCAGAUUCCAGGCUUCCCCUUGGAUGGCAAGAAACUAAAAGAGCAGCAAGGAGUGGAGCUGAAAGCCAGCUUCCCCAGAGGAGACAAGGUAGUCAGUCCUCUGACAGAGGCCAAUGGGACAUCUCGCAUGGACGGUAAAUGGUCCCACGAUCAGACUUCCCCUUCUCACAAUAAUGGGAUUGUACAUUUGGAUGGUGGGGAGACACCAGCAGUACUUAAAUCAGAUUUUCAGCAGAAGUCAUCGGUUCUGACCCAGUUUCCUCUGCUGGAGAGGAUGAAAGGAAAAACAGCAAAACAGCUGAAGAUCCUGGAGGAGAACUUCCUGCGGAACAGCUUCCCUAGUCACAGCGAUGUGGACAAUCUGGCCACCACGACCCGUCUGUCUCAUCAGGAAAUCGACAGCUGGUUUGUGGAGCGCCGUGCACUUCGCGACAACCUGGAACAAGCCCUGCUCAACUCAAUGGGCACUAAGAGGAUGGGCGUUGGUGGCAUCGCAGCCAUCGCUGAGAAACAACUGCAGCAGCAGACUCUACAGCUGAACGGGGUUCACAAACCCAGUGCCGGUGUGGGCCAUCUUAAAAGCCCUCCUCCACCUUUGCAUGCCCUAUCCAUCAUUGGUCCUGGUGCCAUUGCACCCUCUGCCCCCAACCCAAACUCCUGCUCAGUGCCUCCAGACAGCCAAUCCCUGGCGCUCCUCAAGGACGAUUUUGCUCAAACGCGGUGGCCUUCCCCUGAGGAGUUCAGCCAGCUGGAGGGUCGGACAGGACUGGCUCGCGCCGACCUCGCCCGCUGGUUCACCGACGGCCGGCUGCAGAGCGGCAGCUUGGAGCUGGCAGAACUUUUUCACAACAAUGGAGUAAACGGAGGGCAGGGGCUGCCGGUGUGUUCCCCUGAAAACACUCCAUCCGGCAUCAUCCAGCGCUGUCAGGAAGGAGCAGUGACAAACAACAACAGCAACAGUAAAGUGCUGGAGGUUGAGUUGGGUUGGCUGAUGGACCCGCGCACCAACAGCCUCAACAGCCAACAGCACGAUGAGCUUCAAGACCGGUUUGCUGGCAGACUGAGGCAGCAGAGCGUGGCGGAGCUGAAGAACGGCGGACAGAACGGGGGAGUCCUGGGAGGAGCUCGGGAGGUGUUCGGGAGCUGGCUGGAGGACGGACACUCGAGGAGAGGACGGGAGCUGCUCCUGGACAGAGAGAGGAAGAUGGCGGAGGACGCAUCUGGGAGGCUGACUGGAUAAACGGUGCGAAUAGGAUUUACCGCCUUCACCGCCGCUGCUGCUGGAAACAUACAGGAGGAAAGAAAAAAAAA